AUGAUGGAGCCAGUGAAAAAGGACGUGCCAAUGAACUCCUUCGACUUUUCCCUGGAAAUGGGGAGACACAAGAGUCACGACGUAGGAGAGACACAUGAACUCAAGAAAGGGUUUUCUCGGUUGACUAUCUUGUCUACGACUGUGAUUCUGAUGGCGACAUGGGAAGCAUUGUCAAGUACCAUGGCCUCUGGGUUGAUUAGUGGCGGACCAGCCUCCUUAAUAUAUGGAUAUAUAUUGGCGGUAAUAGGAUCUCUCGCAACUGCAGCGUCCCUGGGAGAGCUGGCUUCAAUGUACCCGACUGCCGGGGGUCAAUAUCACUUCACAGCGCUGCUGGCUCCGAAGAGAUGUCAGAAGAUUCUCAGCUGGGUUGUGGCAUGGAUAGGUACAUUUGGCUGGAUUUCUUUCGCAGCUAGUGCUCCUUUCCUCGCUGCAGGGAUGAUACAGGGGCUUUUGAUCCUCAACCACGAGAAUUAUGAAGCCCAGCGUUGGCAUGUAUCACUCAUGUACUGGGGCCUAGUUGUUCUCGGUACUGUUAUCAACAUCUGGGGAAGCCGUUUUCUUUCGGUGGUGGAAAGAUCAUCGUUGAUCAUCCACGUUCUGGCGUUUAUUGCAAUUUUUGCAGUUGUGUGGGCUUGCUCGCCUGCGAAGCACUCAGCUGACUUCGUUUUCACCCUCUUCGAGAACAAUUCCGGUUGGACCAGUGACGGCAUAGCAUGGUCCCUGGGCAUGCUAUCGAGCAGCUAUGUCCUGGCUGGUGAGCACUGCCCCAAGCGAAGCAUACCCCAAGGAAAUAACAUCGGAAUAUCAGGUUACGACGGAGCGAUCCAUCUCGGCGAGGAAAUGGCCAACCCUGAGGUUGCGGUGCCAUACUGUAUGCUGGGCUCGGUGGCAAUCAACGGCUCAAUGGGUUUUGUCUUCUUGCUCGCCAUUCUUUUCUGUAUGGGCGACAUGCAGACUGCUCUGGACAGCGCGACUGGGUAUCCGAUUAUCGAGAUCUUCCGCGGUGUAACGGGAUCCAAAGGGGCUGGUAGUGCAAUGGUCUCGAUGCUCAUUCUUGCAGCAUGGCUGGCGACCAUUGCCCUGUUAGCGUCCACAUCACGAAUGGUGUGGUCGCUCACUCGUGACAAAGCAUUACCCGGCCAUGCAUACCUUGUUGAACUCGAUCGCAAAACGCAGCUACCUAAGCGGGCGAUCCUAGCUACUGGUGUCGUCCUAGUUCUCCUCGGCCUGAUUAAUAUUGAGUCAAAGACCGCAUUCAACGCGAUUCUCUUCCUUGCAGUACUAGGACUGCAUGUGUCGUAUGUUGUUCCGAUCGCAUUAAUGCUGUGGCUUCGACUGUUCUCUUUGAGUCCGUUACACUACGGCCCCUGGAAACUCGGCCGUUCUGGUGUCGCUCUUAACCUGAUGUCGGUGUGCUACCUCGUCUAUACGAGUAUAUUCAUGGUCUUCCCCCCGUAUCAGCCAGUUACUGCGCUGAACAUGAACUAUUCAUCACUGAUUUUUGGCGCGGUGAUAAUUUCCAGCGGGAUUUAUUGGGUCUGGAAGGGCAGGAGGCAGUACGAUGGACCGAACGCAUAUAUUCCGCAGGGUAUCUAG